AUGUCAAGGGAAUAUUUUCCCGCCAUGGAUGUUGAAGUUGCGAAUCGCUUGGCUGAAAUGAUAAAUUCCGAAGGACCAAAAUAUAAAUUUGACAUACCAUUAUAUGAUGGUUGGGCGAAAUUCUAUGGUUAUAAACUUCCAACGUUCUCGGCAAGCGAUGCUGUCUAUGGGUUAAUAACCUUACUGAAAACUAAACCAUCUGCUUCAGUUGAAUUUGGGGUUGAAAUUCAGUGGGUAAAUGAUUUUAAAGGCAAAUUCGAGUGGCUAAAUAAUUUUCACACUGCUCUUGAUGCCUUAGACAGUAAAAGCGGAUGGAUACUGUUAAAGGCAUCGAUUGAUCUAAGGAAAAAAUUACAACCGCUUAUUAUAAACGGUGGAGCAAGAGAUUAUUGCUUAUUUUUUUAA